AUGGAUCGCAUGUAUUAUGUGGCCGGGGUGAGGGCAUUGCUCAAAACAAAAGGUCGAAAUACGGCGAAAAUGAUUGGCAAAACGGAAGUGAUCAUCUUUGAGGAAUGCGCGAAAGACGCGAGAAAUGAGCCCUCAAAACUCCCCGAAAAUAUCUCAUCACUGAAAAAGUUGCAAUCGUAUUUCCGAAAAGUCGAUUUAUGCAAUGACUAUUUGAAGACAAUGAAUGAAGAAAAUCAAAAAGUUCUCAAUCGUCUAAAUAUUCCGUUGAAAUCGAAGAAUCCAAAUUUGGAAACGGUCACAGCUGCCUACACGGAAAUCGUCGAUUUGGUCAAUGUGUUUUUGAACCACUCAUCAAAAUUCCCAUCAUUUCGCGAUAAAUACUCGGUUCUUUCCCCCGACCUUCUUCCGAUUUUGCCGGAAACCGCAAAAAAAGACGGGAAACGGAAAAUUCUGUCGCCGCGAAUGCUUUCAUUUUACAAGGAUGGUUUCUUUUCAUUGCAGGAUUUGUUCAAGGAAAUUACAAACAAUCGAAAAGAACAAUGGGAUUUAUUGAAUACGGUGAUGGAUUUGAGUGGAGCAUCGACAUCGAUGCAGAAUGUUUUGCAAAAGAUUCGACCACAAAUUGACCGAAUGAACUCUGUGGAAUUCCCGGCAAUUCGCGAGAUGUCCCUUUUGGAUUUGACCGUUUUGAAAGCGAUGAAAACGAUCAAUGAAAAACAAAAGGAACAAAUGAAUCAAAAAAGCUAUUUCUUCUACGAGAAACCGCAACUGGAUCGAAUUUUUUCGUCACCAUCGAGAUGUUUCACCUGGGAAGUGGUUGCCCUUUCCCCGGAAGCUUUCAUCCUCGAAUUACUCGAUCCGACUUUCAUGGUGUUCGAUGUACUCUCUCCUCGAGCUUUCUUCGCGACAAUCCUCUCUCCGGCGGCUUUUGUUGCCCGAACGCUCAGCCCAACAGCCCUACGAGCUGAGGUAUUAGCCCCUCGUGCUUUCAAUUCAUGGGUCCUCUCGCCGGAAGCGAUGAUCGUUGAAGUGUUGACACCGAAGUUCUUCGAGCCUCGCGUGAUGAGUCCCGAAGCGCUUGUCAUCGAUAUUCUGAGUCCAAAUAUCAUCUCUCCGCAUGUUUCAUCUCCCGAACUGGUGGGCAUUGCCGUGCUUUCCCCAAAAAUCCUCUCACCUCGUGUGCUGAACAGUGAAGAAAGGUUUAUGGUUGAGAUCUUAUCCCCUCACUUGUUAUCCGGACAGCACAGUGAAGAGGAAGAAGAGGAUAAUAUAUCGUUUGGAGGACUGGAAACACACGAAGGCCAUCACCAUGCACCAGUCGACUCUCCCGGGGGUACUGUAUCUGGGGCAUCGCAUUCGAACGAACCCUUUGCCCCUGGACAUCUCCAUCCAGCUGAUCAUCUUUUGGGACAACCAAGGAUUUUCCCGUUUGGAUCAUUUCCUGGA